AUGCUGAGGGCAUGUGUUCUAGACCUCAAGGGCAACUGGGACGAUCACUUUGCUCUUACAGAGUUCGCCUACAAUAACAGCUUUCAAUCCAACAUAGGCAUGGCUCCUUACGAAGCUCUUUAUGGUCGUCCCUACCGAGCUCCUCAGUGCUGGGCAGAAGUUUCUCCUAUAAAAGGCUUGAUGAGGUUUAAGAAGAAGGGAAAGCCAGCGCCUCAUUUUGUCAGACCUUUUGAGAUCUUAGAUCGUGUGGGAGCCGUAGCAUACCGCCUAGCACUGCCUAUUUCACUAGUCAACAUCCACAACGUCUUCCACAUAUCCAUGUUGAAGAAGUACAUGCCAGAUAAGUUACCUAUCGUUAGCUGCAAGCAGGUCAAACUUACAGAUGAUGCUUCCUACACUGAGGAACCUAUUCGCAUCUUAGACUACAAGGAGCAAGUCCUGCGUACAAAGAUGAUACCACUGGUUAAGGUCAUAUGGUCUCAUAACAGAGAAGAAGAGGUAACCUGGGAAAGGGAAGUAGAAGUUAAGGAGAAGUACCCUCACCUAUUCGGCGACACAUCAUAG